AUGUCGGCCAGCAGAAAAUUCACAGGCUACUUCGCACUCAUAAUCUCCUUAUUCAUCGGGACUCUCUUCUUCACCAUCGACAGAGGAAUACCGAUCCCUCAGGCGGCGCAAUGCUCCAUUCCGGCGCUCACGUCCUCAGCUCAGUACAAGCGAUACAUCAGCACGAAACAGGCGAAGUGUGACAACUGGGCCCAGUUAGGAGGAUGGUUUGGAGCUUCUGAGGAUGGCCGUAAACUGAUGUGUCUGGACGAGAGGUUUGGCAUCCAAGCAGGAAAGUGCGUCGUCUUGUCCUUCGGUGUAAAUAACGAAUGGUCUUUCGAAGAUGACGCCGAGAAGUUGGGGUGUAAGGUGUACGCCUUCGACCCCACUAUGGGCAUGGGGGACCACCAGAGGACGCCCAGCAUCCAGUUCUUCAAGCUUGGCAUCUCGGACGUCGAAGGAGAGAAGAAGAUCGGCAUGAACCCAGUUGCAACGGACUUCAAUUUUCACAAAGUACGAGAUUCGGCGCGUUCCCCGUCGACCGCUACGAGAACAUCGUCCUGGCGUCUGGGACUCGAAGGCCGCGUCAUCGACUACGUCAAGAUGGACAUCGAACUCGCCGAGCUGGACGUCCUGCGCGACCUGCUGGACAACUCGCCUCGCCUCCUCAGGAACAUCAAUCAAUUAGCUAUUGAGAUCCACCAUGAUUUUCAACUAGGAGACUUCGGUCCCAACAGCACCGUGCGGAAAUUCUGGCCGUUUUUCCACAGGCUUCGGUGUCACGGCUUCUCCAUCAUGAACUCCAAAGUGAAUUUCUAUUGGCAAGAAAUGGUGUGGGGUCGGGACACAGCUGGCAACGACUUGGCAGAAUAAAAGUAGCGACAUUGAAAACAAAAACUGUGACAAAUAAAUGACAAAGUGCAAAAACAGUGCCGAGUGAUAAGUGACAGUGAAAAAAGCGACGAGUGUUAAGUGACGGAUAAAAACAAAGCAAAAAAAAAAAAAAAA